AACACUCAAACCACUAUUAAGCUUUUCCAAGAAUGUUGCCCUCAUUCUUCUGACAGAGUGGUACUAAUUGGUGGAAAACCUGAUAGAGUUGUGGAAUGCAUCAAAAUAAUACUGGAUCUUAUAUCAGAGUCACCAAUAAAAGGACGUGCACAGCCUUAUGACCCCAAUUUUUAUGAUGAAACUUAUGACUAUGGUGGAUUUACAAUGAUGUUUGAUGACAGAAGAGGGCGUCCUGUGGGGUUUCCAAUGCGGGGCAGAGGGGGCUUUGAUCGAAUGCCUCCUG